AAACUUUCAUUCACCCACACCAAAUGUUCAGUUUCACUUUCCAUUUCCAAGCUCUGAAAAUGAGUUCAAACCCACAAAUCACCAUUGAACUAGAUUGAUCACAUGCAUUGCAAAUCAACAUUCAAUCCACCAUCUUCCUACAAAGCUUCUCUUUUUCUCAAUUUCCUUACACAACACAAAAAAAAAGAUUUUUUUUUUUAAUUUUUAUUUUUUAUAAAAAAAUUGAAUUUUGAUCAAAUCCAAAACGACCCAGAUGAUGAAAAACCCAAUCCCAUGGCCAACAAUCACGGUAGUGAUAUCUUGGUACACUUCAAACAUCGGUGUUCUUCUUAUGAACAAAUACUUGUUAACAAACUACGGUUACAAGUACCCUGUUUUUCUCACCAUGUGUCACAUGAUGUUGUGUUCUGUUUUCAGCUACGUUGGAAUUUCGGUUUUGGAUAUUGUACCUUUGCAGAGUGUUCAAUCGAAGAACCAGUUGUUCAAAAUCUGUGGAUUGAGUGUUGUGUUUUGUUUCUCUGUGGUUUGUGGGAAUGUGUCGCUUAAUUAUAUUCCAGUGUCGUUUAAUCAAGCUAUUGGAGCAACGACACCUUUUUUCACUGCCGUUUUUGCUUAUGUUGUGAGUAGGAAAAGAGAAGCUUGGGUUACUUAUUGUACCCUCUUGCCUGUUGUUGCUGGUGUUGUCAUAGCUAGUGGGAGUGAACCAAGUUUUCAUUUAUUUGGAUUUAUAAUCUGCGUUGCAUCAACUGCUGCAAGAGCAUUUAAAUCGGUGCUUCAAUCCAUUUUGUUGUCAUCAGAAGGAGAAAAGUUGAAUUCAAUGAACCUGCUACUUUACAUGGCACCUAUUGCAAUGUUGGUGUUACUUCCUGCAACAUUGUUGAUGGAGGGAAACGUGAUUCGGAUCACAAUAGAACUUGCUAGAGAGGAUUUCAGAAUUGUUUGGUAUCUGCUUUUAAGUUCAUCUCUUGCAUAUUUUGUGAACCUCACUAAUUUUUUGGUGACCAAAUAUACAAGUGCACUCACCCUUCAGGUUUUAGGAAAUGCAAAGGGGGCAGUUGCUGUGGUGAUCUCAAUUUUGAUAUUUCAGAAUCCUAUUUCAUUGAUAGGAAUGCUUGGCUAUGUACUUACUAUCAUAGGAGUUAUAUUGUAUAGUGAAACCAAGAAGAGAUAUACUUAGAAACUAGUAAAACUAACAAGAUCACACAAUCAAAAAGGAUUAUGUUAUUUACCACAUGCAAGAGGGUUGACAAGUUUCAUAUGAGUUUGCAGCAUACAAAGAAUUUCAUUUGGAAAGUGAUUGUUUUUGUUACACUUAUGUUCCAUUCUUUCCAAGCAUUGUAGGAGUAGCUUUUCUUCAAUCACUACAAUUGCUUUUUCAUAGAUUUUUUUUAGAAGGAAUUACAAGUCAACUAUUAUUUGUGAAAAUGUAUGUACUUUCAAGAUAAAGAACAUUUAUUUAUGCAAGAAGACGACUAUGAUAGAGGGCUUAUA